CCUGCGAGGGGCGGUGCUUUCUUUGCGUCGGCGAAGAUGGCGGCUUCCGUCGGGCUGCUGAGGGUGUGGAGGCGCCGGCUGAGUUUGGGGGUGCCUGCGCGCGGGAGUUUCUGGGGAAGACAGAGGAAAAAAGAUCAGCCAGCAAUAGUAGAACCAAGUAUUCCUGUGAAAGAUGUUUGCCCUCCACCACGAAGUAAGAAAUACCUUCCUCCUGAAGAUCUCCAGAGUCGUCUAGAGUCUCACGUCAGAGAGAUUUGGGGCUCCUCAGUUUCCAGUGACUGGCAAAGGGCAUCACUAGCAGAUUUCAGUUUCAAGUAUCGACUCUUGGCACAAAUAGCAGCAGAUCUGGGACACACGGUCCCUAAUAACCAGCUCCAUCAAAUGAAGAGUGUCAAAGAUGUCCUGGCUUUCUAUAACACACCCGUAAAAGACAUCUCAAAGUUAGAUGAGUUGGGCAUGAAGGAGCUGCCGUCGAAUCUGAAGAUCAGUUGGGAGUAUGAAGUGAAACAAUGAAAGUAUUGAUGUGAAUUGUCAUCAGAAAAAUAGCAUCAAUAUAAGUGCAGAUAAAACUUGUAUUUUCCAGAUUUCCAAAGAGUGUUUAUUACCUCCCUGCAAAUAAUAAUGAUACUGUUAUCCACCCAGGGGAAUAAUUCAUGCAUGAUUUUUUUGUUUUUGUUUUGCUUUGUUUGGAUUUUUUUUCAGGCUGUUCUUCCUUGGAGGAAAUUAUGGAUACCGAAAUGAGUGACCAGAAAAUAUUUGAGACUUAAUUUUCCCAUUCUUCUUUCUACCUUUGUUUAUCCUGCAUUUGUUGAUUAAGGGAAGUUCUUAUAUUGAUCAUAAAUAAAGUGGUGUUGAGGCAGCAAUUACUUUAAGUCUAUUAAACAUUGGACUCCUUUCAAGUAGCAAGCUUCUGUUAAUGGAAUGGGAGGGAGAGAAAUAUGCACCAUCUUAACCAUUUAAGGCAGCUGUGAAUAAAGGGUUCUUUCAUCA